GCUUUCUGAAUCGGCCGGUCUUCAUCUGAAAUUUUUCAAUAAAACGUGGAGUUUGAGCAGCCCGCCCUGAGUUGUUGGACUUUGGCUCCAAACCAGACUCCCAGUUAAAGACACAAGAACACGAGGUUGGGUGAGCCACGGCCCUGGAGGGUUGGUGAGCGCGACCGGAGGCCGGUUUAGGAACGGUUGGUUUGGACAGGAUGCGGACGAAGGAAAGGAGGAAGGGCUGCUCAGAAUAAGGUCUUCUCUUGAAUCGGCAGCGACGCCCCCGGCGCGUGCACAAAGGCUCCGACGGCGGCCGGCGGGGACUGCCGAGCGCGCGGGAGCCGGCGCCAGAGGUCGCCUGUGCGCGACCUAGCCAAGCCCCAGGCACCAUGCCGCGGCGCCUGCAACCCCGGGGAGCAGGCACAAAGGGCCCGCCUGCCACAACCUUGGCGGCUUCGGAGGCCGCCUCGCGUCCCCAUCCCUCCGCCUCCGGGGACCCCCCAGCAUCGGCCAAGCCGCUGCUGCGCUGGGACGAGGUGCCCGACGACUUCGUGGAGUGCUUCAUCCUGUCGGGCUACCGGCGGCUGCCAUGUACGGCGCAGGAGUGCCUAGCCUCGGUACUGAAGCCUACCAACGAGACGCUCAACUUCUGGACGCACUUCAUCCCGCUACUGCUGUUCCUGAGCAAGUUCUGCCGCCUGUUUUUCCUGAGCGGCCAGGACGUGCCCUUCCAUCACCCAUGGCUGCUGCCGCUGUGGUGCUACGCGUCGGGCGUGCUGCUGACCUUCGCCAUGAGCUGCACGGCGCACGUGUUCAGCUGCCUGUCGCUGCGCCUGCGCGCUGCCUUCUUCUACUUGGACUACGCGUCCAUCAGCUACUACGGUUUUGGCAGCACGGUGGCCUACUACUACUAUCUGCUGCCGGGCCUGAGCUUGUUGGACGCCAGAGUGAUGACACCGUAUGUGCAGCAGCGCCUGGGCUGGCACGUGGACUGCACACGCCUCAUUGCUGCCUACCGCGCGCUCGUGCUGCCCGUGGCCUUCGUGCUGGCUGUGGCCUGCACAGUGGCCUGCUGCAAGAGCCGCACAGACUGGUGCUCUUACCCGUUCGCGCUUCGCACUUUUGUCUUCGUCAUGCCGCUCAGCAUGGCCUGCCCCAUCAUGCUCGAGAGCUGGCUCUUUGACCUGCGCGGUGAGAACCCCACGCUCUUCGUGCACUUCUAUCGUCGCUACUUCUGGCUAGUGGUGGCCGCCUUCUUCAAUGUGAGCAAGAUCCCCGAGCGCAUCCAGCCAGGCCUCUUUGACAUCAUUGGCCACAGCCACCAGCUCUUCCACAUAUUCACUUUUCUCAGCAUCUAUGACCAGGUGUACUAUGUGGAGGAGGGCCUGCGCCAAUUCCUCAAGGCGCCGCCUGCUGCACCCACCUUUUCUGGCACAGUGGGUUACAUGCUGCUGCUGGUGGUCUGUCUGGGGCUGGUCAUCAAGAAGUUCCUAAACAACUCGGAAUUCUGCAGUAAAAAGUGAACCUUCGCCUUGGAGGAGGCCGCUGGUUUGCUCACCUAUUUGUUUGGAGUUUCUGUUGUUGCUACUGUUGGUUUGUUUUCAAGUUUUGUUGUGUUUCCUUCUUUGCUCGAGGAAGGUGCUGCAAAACCACAGGAAAAAAAUCCAAUGCAACAAGGGGGUCUCAGUGCACUUGGGGCUUUUGAAGAGGGAGGUGGUUCCAGCAGGAGGGAGAGGGUCACUGGUUCUUGCCCCUGGAAAAAUUCUGGUGGUGUCUCUGACAUCCAGAGGCAGUGAGGAAAAUCCCAAAUAAAACCCCAAACGGUUCGGUUUUCCGGUCACUUUCUGUGCCAGUGGUAAUGACAAGUAGCCCUUGUGAGGUCAAGUAUGCAGUAAAGAGGGUAAGUAGACAAAAUCGUUGGGUACUUCCAUUUCAAUCUGAGGAAUGCUUGGAUUUGUCAAAAGAAUGGAGCUUUGUAGGAAACGGGCACAAAGACACAAACCCAGGGCUUAACCUACUAGAAAAUGCAUGGAAUGUGAACACAAGUUAAUUAUCUCAAAAUGUUUCUCAGAUGUUAUUUAAAUAGUAAUAUAUACAAUGAUUUUUCAUGAUUUAUCAAAGCCUGUGAUAUGCACUGAAUUGUCUUUGUUACAUAGUUUUGAAUUUUGCAGCCCUUCUGCAUUGCAUACACUUGAACUGGACAUCAGGGCAAGCUGCUUGAGAAUUCUCAACUACUUUUUUAAACAGUGUUUUCUGAAGGUGUAUGUGUGUCAUGAUACAACUGUGAAUUAUUCUACCUUAGGGACUCUGGUUAAACUAUUGUUGAGGAGCUCAGUGGUUUGUAUACAUCCCAGAUUCCAAUUUACUUUAAUGUAUUCCACAAAACCUUUCUUAUUUUUUGUUUUGUUUUUGAUUUUAUUGUUUCCUUCUCUAAUUAUUUAAAUUGCCACUAGAAUAAUGUGCCUUUUGAAGGAAUGCCCAAAGGACCGGUCCUCAAACAUAGUUUCAUGCAUGGGGAGAGCAGUAAGAAUAAGCUUUUCUUACUUUACUGCAAAUCAGGGUCUAACAUUCCACCCAGAAGAGAAGGAAGAUGGUGUUGGUUUUAAGUUUUUGGUAGGACUGGAAGUAGCUUACCGGGACCUGCAGAGCGUUUGACUUCUCUAAGAGAAGGAGUCAACCCGCUAAAGUGGCUGUGGUUCUUAAUGCGGCCAUUGGGGGAAGGUGAGAGGAAACUGUUCUACACCGAUGCCAUUUAUCCUUGCUUGAAAUUCAAAACAUAAUAUGCAGGAAUAACUGAGGCAGUUAAAUUAUGGAAGUCGGGAGCAUAUUACUUGAGUUGUAAUUGAAAAUGUUGAGUUAAAUAACAUUAACUUUGCAUAGUUAAAACCCUGAAGUCUCAUUUGGAUCCCCACUAUGGAAAUGAAUGGCAGUGGCCCUAAGUCGUUGAAAAAUUAGUGAAUGUGCUCCUGCGAUCCUUCCUAACAACAACAUUGGCCGAUGUUAUUUAAGACAUGUCUCAUAAACAAUAACCUGUACUUGAGAUAACAACUCUAGAUUAACACAAAACCACUGAGGUGGCUUAUUUAAAUACUUAUCACACUUCCUGAUAAGUUCUUUUGGUUAAGAGCCAAAUAAGUCAUUGAAUGGGGAGUCUUGACUUCAUAGUAUAAUUUAGAUCAAGCACAUAAGGUAGAUGAACACUUACCUCAGCACUGGUAGGCUGGAUCUCCUAAAAAGAUCUGUUUUUGUUUAUGCUUUUAAUCUCUACUGUAUUUGUAAACAGAGAGGCUUGGCACAAUUCCCUGGAGUAACCAGUAUUCUUGUGUGUUAAUCUGCACACAGAAGUUAACUUUAUAUAUGUCUAUAUUUAAUUUAGAACCUCUUAAUGGGAUUGUAAAUACACUUUGCACAUUUGCUGAUGGGUGUCUGUCCAAUCUUACGCAAAGUGCAAGGAGGUUCCCCUUAGGUGAUAGAGGCUGAGAAUUUGUGCCUAGCACAGAUGUUUUUCCUCAGCUAUAACUUAACUCAGUGCAUGUAUUCAAGGACAGUUGUGGAAAUCAGGAUAUUUCCACAUGCAAACUUAUUUGCAUGUCAUUGCUGUCUCUUCUAGAGCUCCAAAGAAUGUUAGUGUGGAAGCUAGAGAAACAGGUCGAAGAGUGUUUGGUAGCUUCCUUGUAAAAUGGGACCUCCCCUUUCAGAUGGAACUUUCAAGGGACAGAUUCUAAAAAGGGUCCAUGAGUUUGAGAACAAGAAAUAAACCCCAUAUUUGUCAUUUUAAACUUUUGUAGGAGAUGUUCUGUGUCUACAAAUAGAAUUAUCUUCUUGCCCUGUGUCUUUGUCCUUAAACAGAGGCCACUUAAGGAUAAAUUUAUACCCAUAUCAUUUUCAAGUGAUUAUGAUGCAUGAGCCCAGUAAGGUGACACAGUUUUCCCCUGAAAGUUUUCAGUACCCCGUAUGUCCCAGAGUGAAUGAGGACUCACUUUCCUUCCCUUUGCCUUUUCCUUCCUCCACUUUGCUUUCCCUCAUUCCAUCUUAGUUUUUAUGUACCACAUCUAACAUUGAUAAAAGGACAUUCUGGUGGAAAACAAUGGUUUGACUUCACUUCAUAUUUGCAAAUAGAUACCAUAUAUGCUAUAAAGGACCAGGGAUGAUUUGUGAAACUAUGUAUGUUAUUUGCUAAAUUAUAUCAGAUUUCUGUCCAGAUGAAUGAUGAUAUUUUAGAAGCAGCAAAUAUUUACUGAGUUUCCAUUUGCAUGGAACUAGCCAGGUAUAUUAUUACAUAUUUCAGGGGUAACACGGCAGUCAGAAUAAAAUAUCUUUAAAAAAUAUCUUUGACAUUCUCCAUUUUGCCAUAUCCAUUAGAAUUCAGUUUUGCUUUAUUGUGUUCAGCUGUUUGAAAUGUAGAACAAAUGAUAAAUAAGAAUGUACUCCAUUAUCUCUGCAAAACCUAUUUUGCCAGUGGAAUUUUGAAGCAGAUUAUGUAAUACAUUUUAUUUUUACUUGUUAGUCAUGAUCUUGAUGACAUCUCAAGGAGCAGCGUCAUAAAGUCAUGCCUGGGAAAUGAGGGGGUCUGACUUCAGAGCCUGUCACCUUGGGGGCUGGUCUCGGGCUGACUCAGCUGAGUGGGUUGGCUAAAGGGGGUUCCUUUCUUCCAUGUCCUUGCAGCUACACCCUCAGGUGAAAGGGAUGACCUUCCCAGAGAGAAGUGAGUUUUUUGGUCAUGUCAUGACUGGCUUGUAAAAAUAAACGUGAUCUUUUCCACUGGCCAUACACUUUCUAUAAAUAGCCUGGGAAGAAAGUAUGGGGCUUCAGAGCUGGCCAGAGUGGCCUUCACAUGUUUCCAUUCAUAAAUCCUACCCUUAAGUGCUUGCAGUUAAAAACCAUUUAGCCUAAUUCAUCAUGCCACUUCAAGGGAAUCAUUUCUAAGAAUGCAGAAUUGGGGGGAUGGAGGUGAUUUUUAUUUUUUCUGAUUUGGUGCUGAAUCUGAGGGCUCCCAGCAAUAAAGAACGGGGAUUGUUACCUUCAAAUCUCUUCUCAGUUUUAUUUGGUUAAUCUUCUCAAAGCUAUAGUAGGAGACAGGUACAGUAGGAAUUAUCUCCAUUUCGAGGUUCUACCAAGGCACAGAAUGAAGUUUUCAAACUGGCAUUAGAAUGUGGGGAUGGCUGUGUGCUCAGCUGAGUGUUUUUUGCUAGUUUGCAUGGCUAUGAUGCCUGGCCAAGCACACAGACACUAAUUGGAGAUGUAUGUGGAUACAGGUAUAUAAUUUAUAAUUGUAAAACAGUGAAGUGAGAUGUGGUUAUCCUUGAAUUUAGAUUAUAAAAAUCUUAAACAGAAUGUUACCAGGUAGUUUUUAUCAUCUUGGAUUGUUCUUCAUCUAUUAACAUCUACCAUGCUGACUUUACCCUGCCAGUAUCUUUUGAGUUGAUUUCCACAUUUGUUCAUGUAAUCCUUUUAAUAAUCAUUGAGCACCUACUGCAUAGAAGACAUUGGUCAAGGAUCCAUCCGUAUUAUUACAGUUUGGUUCUUUUCUCCUUUCGGUUAGCAUAAGAGCAAUGCAUAGAAUCUUAUUUCAAUUAACAUGCUAACUUACCCAGAAUCAAUUUCUUUCCUUUCUCUCUCUUUUUUUUUUUCUGUCUGCUCCUAGGCCUAUGUGAAUUUUAUUAUUAAAAAUAAUUUAAAAAUUUAAUUACAUUGCGGGUGAAGGGAUAGCAGGCAUAUGUACAUAGAAAGGGUUGGAAAUUUUAUCAUCAGUACUAAUAGAGAUACUAAUCACAACCACUUUUGGGGUGGUUAAUAGUAUUCAUGUCAUUAUGAAGCAAGUUUCAUCCAAAGUGCCUAGAGUGUGAUGUCAUUAAGUGUCUGAAUUUCAUAGAUAACAUACUUAAGUUUUAAAAGUAUGAGCUUAAAUCUCCAAAGAUUAACUGACGUUCUUUAACCUUUUCUUCUUUUAAGGUCAUUGUGUUGUAAUCUAUAAAACAAGUCUUAGAAAAAAAAUUGAUCUAGAGUAAAUUAUAAAGAAAAAGUAUCAGAUGUGGAAAAGAUAGGAAGAAGGCAUGAGAUGGGGAGAACAAGGAGGAUUAGACUCAAAGAGUUACAAUGGGACAGCAAGUUCAACUAUGGACAAUUUCUCCUGAGUUUUAAGUUUUGUCCCUAGAAAAGCAUGUGAACUCGCAUGGGGUUAGCACUCAAAUGGACAGGCAAGGAAUUCUAUUUGGCAGCCUAAUCACAUCCUGUAGCUUUUGACCUGAGCACCAGUGCCAAGGUACAUUUCGAGUAGUACACUUACCCCUAGCUUAAUGUCCUUAAUUUGUUUCCAUAAAAAUUAGGACGUAAGGCAAAAAGGCAUUAGGGGAUAGCACCAGCCAAUUGUAAAUCACCUUUCAAAUCAUCUCUUUAAAGGAUUGCCAAUAUCCUCUGACAUAAAUUGCCUGACGAAAAGCAAACAAGCCUAGACAAACUGAAAAAAGAAGGCUUUCACUGGUUUAAGCUGAGCACUACUGUAUUCCAAUGUGAUAGGCCACACACCUUCCUGGUGAAGAUUUUAUUCCUUCUUCAAUACUAUGAAUAGUUCUCUCUUAAUUGUGAAAAUGGAUGUCAGUUCUUCUUAGUUACUAUUCUAAAAAUUGAAUGCAAAUUUUUGUUGUUGUUUUAAAAGGACAAAUGUAUUGUGUUUCUGGUUUGCAGAUUUCUAACCAGUUUGUGGGCUUUUUUCUUUUAGAACAGCUUCUUAAGAGUCUGUGAGCAAGUUGCAGAAUUAGAGUAUUUAUUUAUAGGUCAGAGGCCAAGAAUGCUCAUUUGGCUGUUAACUCUGGCAGGAUGUGAAAGCUUUGAAUACAUAUGCAACAAAAUGAUCACUUAUUUACUAUUUAACUCAAUGGAAAAUAGCCUUUCAUUUGAACUUUGGAAAAGUUCCCCAAUGUAUUGUGCAUCUAAAUGUUAUGCAUGAUCCUUAAUAUUUUUUGUUCUUAACCUAUCUCUGAAAGCUAUUCCAAACAUGGCAUUCCUCAAGGAAUAUUUCUUGAAUGUGCAAAAUUAUUCUUGAAUGUGUAAAAGGGGCAGGCCACCUUUCUCAUGCCUUACAGCUCCACCUAAAAUAUGCAAUAAGCACUCAAGGAGGAGUGGAGGGGUCUGCAGAUGGUUAUUUAACCAUGCUGGAGAAAUGGCCCUACUCCUCCUCACAGCUCACCACAACAUUGAGAAAGGACACCAUGUAAAUAAACCUUUGUUUCUAGAUGAGGGGAGUACAGGGACACAUUAAUUUCAUUUUUUCUUUUAGUUCCACAUCCAGUUAGAAAGCAUAAUCUGUUUUUAAUACGCUGGAUGCAAAAAAAAAAAAAAAAGAAAAUUAAUAGGAAAACAUUUUAAAGAAGUAUUCUAAUUUUAUAUUUUAAAAGUUUAUAAUAGCAAUUUGUUUGUAAAAACAGGCCUUAGCACAUAGAUGAGAACCAGCGCUUUUUGGAAAGCCUCAUUUUUGUCUUGGAAGUUUAAUCACCCUGAGCUCUUACCCAAAUGAUAAAGACCUAGUAGGUCUUUAAAAAUGUAAAUAAUGUAUAGUUUAAAGAAAGGUAAAAAAAAAAAACUUUUUAAAAAAGAAGGAAACAGGUCAGAUAUGUUAUAGGUGUGUAACAAGGCUAAAUUAAAAGUCUUUUAAAAAUUCUAGUUAGAAACUUCAUUAAAUUCACUCUCCCAGCAAGGCUUAACACAGAACAUCUACUUUUCUACCAGGUUGAUUUUCUUUUAUGGAGGCUAUGAGCAAAAUUAUUGUAAGCAACUGAGUACCCAGGCAGUAAAGGAAUGAAGCACAGUUCACUUUGAUGAGGGUAUAACCACAGCUAACGAUGCAGCCAGGAAAACGUACAGCCCUGACACGCUCCUCGUUUCUUUGGAGUGGAAAAGGAGCGUAGAGCCCCCUGCCAUCGUUACACACAUCAGGCAAGGGCUGUCUGCAUUGCAGGGCUGGGGACGACCCCGUGGCUGCUCUUUUAUCUGCAUAAAGCAUGUGGUAGCUCUGAACUCAUUUCAGCCCUCUCCCAGGCCAUUCCCACCACCCUGGAAGCCUUUGCGUUCCACAACCUCAACCUUGAAGACAAAAGGUUUCUAAAAGGAUUCCGUGUGUAUUUAGGCCUUGUCAAACCAUCUGCCUUACUAGGUUCAUCCAUUUCCAAACCAAGGAUUUAAAUAUGAUUACUGUGCUCGGAUUUACAAGAAUGUACAACCAACAGGUUCCCUUUGGCAGUAAAGGGCAUUAAUUGAAGAUCAUACUCCUUUUUUCCCUCAGGUCAGAGGUAGAGGGUAGAUUUCACAGUGACCAAAUAGAGACAUUCUUAUAUCAGUAUUUUUUUUUUAAGUUCAUUUAAUGGUGAUAAUGGAGGGAGAAAGGAGUAAAAGAUAAUGCAGGUAUGAAGAAACUGAAAGAUCCCACUGCUUGCUAAAUUAAUUCUUCUUAGGCUACCUGACUCCAGCCAUCACCUACAUCCUAAACAGCUGUAUUUAGCCAGGUAGAGAGGCUUCUCAGGAUGUGUGAACUUCCACACAGGGACUGCAGUGUGGUUUGAAAUCAUUAAUGUACUCUACCAGAGAAGCAUUAUUUAAUCAUAAUUCCACAUUACCUGAUAAAAUAAUCUAUAAAAGUAGAUAUCACUUUGGUCAAUUCUGUGCAUGUAGCUAACAAAAUUGUGAUUCAUUUCUCUUGUAUAGUUUGCUAUGAUUUGGGUUUUCUGAGACAAUUGUUCCUUUAUGAUCUUGAACAUGGAAUUCUGUAAAAUAAUAUAACUAUGUAUUUUUUGCUGAAAAACAAAUGUAUGAAAUAAGAAUAAAUUAUUUGUAAGCAUAA